CCGAUUAGCUUCCCAGGCCCGCCCCCCACGCCUUCUGUAUUUUUGCCAGGGGACGUUCUGACGGCAACUACGCGUUCUGUGGUGGGUCGCUUGAAGGACUAAAAGAGUAACAUUACUUUCCACAAUGGCACAAAUUCUCCGCUCCGUGCUGAAGAAGAAGACUUCCGCCGUGCAGCUGGGCCGUAUGUGCUACUCGUCUGUGCCCACCACCAAGCUGUUCAUCGACGGAAAGUUUGUGGAGUCCAACACGUCGGAAUGGCUCGACAUUCACAACCCUGCCACUAAUGAGGUGGUGGGCCGCGUUCCCAAAGCCACCCAGACGGAGAUGCUGGCCGCCGCGGAGUCCUGCUCCCGCGCGUUCCGCUCCUGGUCGGAGACGUCCAUCCUGAGCCGCCAGCAGAUCUUCCUACGCUACCAACAACUCAUCAAAGACAACAUUAAAGAGCUGGCCAAGAUGAUCACGCUCGAACAAGGCAAGACUCUGGCAGAUGCCGAAGGCGACGUAUUUCGAGGACUGCAGGUGGUGGAGCACGCCUGCAGCAUCACGUCGCUGAUGCUGGGCGAGACGCUUCCGUCCAUUACCAAGGACAUGGACACAUACACCUACCGCCUGCCCAUCGGCGUGUGCGCCGGCAUCGCCCCCUUCAACUUCCCCGCCAUGAUCCCGCUGUGGAUGUUCCCCAUCGGCAUGGUGUGCGGCAACACUUACCUGAUGAAGCCGUCGGAGCGCGUGCCCGGAUGCACCGUGCUGCUGGCCAAGAUGCUGCAGGACGCCGGCGCGCCCGACGGCACGCUCAACAUCAUCCACGGGCAGCACGCAGCCGUCAACUUCAUCUGCGACCACCCCGCCAUCAAAGCCAUCAGCUUCGUGGGGUCCAACCAGGCGGGAGAAUACAUCUACGAGAGAGGCUCCAAGAACGGGAAGAGGGUGCAGUCCAACAUGGGUGCCAAAAACCACGGCGUGGUAAUGCCCGACGCCAACAAGGAGAACACCAUCAACCAGCUGGUGGGCGCGGCUUUCGGAGCGGCCGGCCAGCGCUGCAUGGCUCUCUCCACCGCCAUCUUUGUGGGCGAGUCUCGCGAGUGGCUCCCGGAGCUGGUGGAGCGCUCCAAAUCGCUGCGCGUCAAUGCAGGCGAUCAGCCGGGCGCCGACGUGGGCCCGCUCAUCUCACCCGAGGCGAAGGCCCGCGUGGAGUCUCUGAUCCAGAGCGGCGUCAGCGAGGGCGCCAAGUUGCUGCUGGACGGCAGGAACGUCCACGUCAAAGCGUACGAGAACGGCAACUUUGUGGGACCCACCAUCUUGGGCAACGUAACGCCGGACAUGACAUGCUACAAGGAGGAGAUUUUCGGGCCGGUGUUGGUGGUCCUGGAGGCUGACGACCUGGACGAGGCCAUAGCCCUGAUCAACAACAACCCCUACGGCAACGGCACGGCCAUCUUCACCUCCAACGGCGCCACGGCGCGCAAAUACACGCACGAGGUGGACGUGGGCCAGAUUGGCGUGAACGUUCCCAUUCCCGUCCCAUUGCCCAUGUUCUCCUUCACCGGCUCCCGGGGCUCCUUCAGGGGAGACACCAACUUCUACGGCAAACAGGGCAUCCAGUUCUACACGCAGAUCAAGACCGUGACGUCGCAGUGGAAAGCCGAGGACGCCACCGUCACGAGCCCGGCUGUCACCAUGCCGACCAUGGGACGCUAAACAUCCAGCGACGCCUUCAUUGACUUUGACGUGUGCCUUAAAAAAACAACAUGACGGGGGAAUGGAGGAAGGCUGCUAUUUUUUUUAUGUAGAAAACUGAUUUAAUAGGUAGGUUUAUUAAAGGGCUGGUAAAUGAACAAGUCGUCAUCCACGCGCCUCCCAACGGACAAAGUGUUGUCGGUCCUCAUCGAUCCUGUGCGACAAGUUUAAUCCUUUUCGUGAUCUGUUUGCUUUCGUUCCUUUUAAGCCCGCAGGAGCGAUCAAAAAGAUCGAGAUUAACCUCUGAGCAGUCAGACGAGACGUCUUCCGCCGACGAGUGCUUCACUGCACGUGCACCAAAUGCUCUGUAUGUACUGUAAGUGUACUUGUUUUCCCGAGCUAAAUGUGAUAACACACCUUCAUCUGUGAUACUUUGUAUACCCUGUAUAAGGCCCAAUGCUGUCUGCUCUGUGUCAGGUUGUUCAAUGGCAAUAAAAUGCAGCGGUUCACUUAU